ACGACCUGUAAACGAAACGUAAUGAGCAAUUUUAGCAAAUGUCAAACUUGAGUUAUCUUAUCAGAAACAUUUAGACGACACACUUAAAAAUCAAUAAAAUUUCGGACAUUCUUUCAGUUCCAAAUCUUUUAUGUAAAAACCACGUUUUCUCUUCAAUUUGCUAUCUUGCGUGCGUGGCAUUUUUACCCCUAGUUAGAACACUUUUCUCAGUUUACAAGGUAGGGCGUGGCAGUUACAUUUUAGUUCUACAGCAUCGAAACAUUGACCUGAUAACCCGAGAAUCGACUGAGAUUCGUUUAACGUACUCAUCAAUCGAAAUCCAGUUUCUCCUUCUCUACAGGCGACCUACUUUUAUUCGCACGACCAUAAAAUAAAAAUUAUAUUGUGCCUGGUCUGCAGAAAAAGCUCUUCUGUUAACUCAGGCAAGUCGAUCAUAACAAUCAGCGCAAGCACGAAACACAACCGUCGAAAUGAGAAAAACGGCCGUGUUUCAAUUGAAUAUUGCUACAUUUGUCAUCUUUGUUUCUGGUUGUCUUCUGAUGCUUAUUUUUCGUCAAACUGUUAAGCCAGAAACAGCAGAUACCAUCAGCCACGGUGAUGAUUCACAGAAGGCCCUAACCGAACAUAUGUCUGUUAAUGACAUUUUGACGUCAACAAAAAACUCGACGAACAAACCACCUUUGAAACUAAUUUUACUGUGGAACGCCAUGUCUCCGGGGCUUUCAGAUAAUCCAUUCAUCACGUUCAACUGUCCUGUAACGACGUGCCUCUUCACAGCUGAUAUGUCGCUUAUCCAUCUCAGCGACGUCGUACUCCUUCGUAUUGAUGUACUCGAAGACAUGCCGUUGAACCGUCUACCACACCAGCGUUUUGUGUUUCUUCACAUUGAGUCACCCAUUAGUACCAAAUUGUCUAUAAUGGACAACCCACGAUUUCGCUACAACUACUUUAACUGGACAAUGACGUACAGGCGCGAUUCAGACAUUUUUCUACGCGAUUAUUAUGGCUCUGUCUUGCCCCAUGAUUCUAUGAAAGGCAACGACACAUCUCAGCGGACAAAAUUCGAGAAAGAAUUGAUCGGAAAAGAAGUAAUGGACAACGACACAGAUUUGGCGGCCAUUAUUCGAGGGAAAAACAAAAUGGUGGCUUGGUUCGUCAGUCACUGUUCAACUGUAAUUCGGAGAGAAGAAUACGCCCGUCAACUUGGCCAGUACGUGCCAGUCGACAUUUUCGGCAAUUGCACCAAAGAAUGCCCUACCGAUUGCUAUCAAAUGUUACGCACCGAUUACAAGUUUUACUUGGCAUUCGAAAAUUCUUGGUGCCCGGAUUACGUAACGGAAAAAUUCAUUCGGCCAUUGUUUUAUCACGCCGUCCCGAUCGUUCUUGGCGGCGCCGACUACAGUCACUUUGCUCCGCCUCAUUCUUACAUUAACGUCCGCGAUUUCGGGUCUCCCAAAGAGCUGGCUGAUUACUUGAUUCUUUUGAACAACACCGAAACGCUGUACGCCAGUUAUUUUGAUUGGAAAAAAGACUACGAGGUUGUCAGGACUGACAUGUCCGGUUGGUGUGACUUGUGUCAAUUAGCUCAUAACGACAGUCUGCCGGUUAAAGUCUAUCCUGAUAUCAAGCAAUGGUGGAUGCUGGGCGAAGCCGCUUGUGAAUAUCAUUCAACAAAACAUUUUAAAGGAAUAUUUACCUGAAAUAUGGCACUGGUUUCUUCCAACACUUUUGCUGUCAUUUCCUUAAAAAAAAAACAGAUGAAAGAAAGAAAUUGGAACGAUAAAAGGGUUCUAUUCUUUUACCUUAGCUCUUGAGCCACACAGACAACCAAGAUGACUAGAUUUGCUGGCCUACGCCACUACCGAACAGUCAACAGUCGUAACUCUCGGUUAGAAACCUAGACUUUGGACUUAUUAUUAUUUAGGUGUCUGAUGGACCGACCUGCAUACUGUUUGAAACCUGUUUGUACGACAUACUGUUUGUACGACACCAUUUGGACAUUACCUCGACAACUAAUCAAGUGCUGCUUGGGUUUCUAACCGAUGCCAAUACUGUUCUUCCUGGUUCUCUUGCUUUUUGUUCGACUGUGUGAGUCUUCCUUGUUCUAUCAGCAAUUCAACUUGUCGCUCUUUGAUAUUUGACGUCAAUAUAAAAAAAUUCCAUGGCAUCGGUGAAAA